CAAAAACACCUCACGUGAUUGCGAGAUAAAGGAGAAGGUCAUGUGUUCGCUAAACAUUGGUAUAUUAAAAACGUUGACGUAGUUGAUAUUUACGUCGAAUAUACCGAUAUAUACGCCAGUGACUGACUGAUGUAGUUACUAUUGUUUUACUGUCGACAUCGUUAACUGUUUAGGCGAUGAAAGAUGAACAUCUCGUUUUCCGGUUGUGGUUUUCUAUGUAUCUAUCACGUUGGAGUUGCAUCGUGUUUCAAACGUUAUGCACCUCAUAUUCUUGUUGAUAAAAUAGCUGGUGCAUCAGCUGGUGCUUUGGCUGCAUGUGCUCUCAUAUGUAAUGUUCCAUUGGGUGAGAGUACAAGUGAUGUCUUAAGGAUUGCAGGUGAAGCAAGAGCUCGUGUUCUUGGUCCGUUACAUCCACGAUUUGAUCUCAACAAAAUCUUGUAUGACGGAUUAAUUAGAUUGUUACCAGAAGAUGCUCAUCUCAGAUGUACUGGUCGUCUUCACGUUUCACUUACUCGCUGCAAUGAUGGAAAGAAUUUAUUGUUAUCAGAAUUUGACAGCAGAGAUGAGCUUAUUCAAGCAUUGCUCUGUACUUGUUUCAUUCCUUUUUAUUCUGGUUUUCUGCCCCCAACAAUACGUGGAGUGUCUUACAUAGAUGGAGGUUUCAGUAACAAUCAGCCUAUUUUAGAUGAAAAUACAAUAACUGUUUCUCCAUUUGCUGGAGAGAGUGAUAUUUGCCCUGAAGACACAUCAUCUAAUGUACUUCAGUUACACAUGUCCAAUACCAGUAUUGCUAUUUCAGUUGGUAAUUUGUAUAGAUUUGCAAGUACUUUAUUUCCUCCACAUCCUGAAAUAUUGAGUCAGAUAUGUCAGCAAGGAUUUGAUGAUGCUUUAAAAUUUCUUCAGAGAAAUAACAUAAUAUCAUGCACAAGGUGUCUGGCAGUUCAGUCUAGUUUUGGUAUAGCAGAAAGUAAAGUACAGGUUGAGACUAAAGAAACUGAAAUUAGAAAUGAACACCCUGAUGAUGAUUGUAUUGACUGCAGGUAUAGACGUCAAAUGGCACUAUUAGAUAGUUUACCUGAAGCUGUAGUUAAAGCAAUUCAAGAAGCUUCUGAUAAAGUAAACAAAGGCAUUAUCAAUUAUCUCUUUAGGCAUCAUCCAAUAAAAAUAUUACCAUUCCUUGUUCUUCCUUAUGUUCUGCCAUUUGAACUUACUUUUUCUGUUGCCUGGAAAGUAUGGAAAUUAUUACCAUUUAUACAAGCUGAAAUGAAAAAUAGUCUUUAUGGAUUUGUAUCACUAGCAAAAGGAUUGUUGAAUAAAUUUGAUAGCAAAAGGCAUCAAUACAGUGCAAAGUUCUCCUGUCAGUUGGCUAUUACUGAAUUUGAUUAUGCGAACAAAGAUAUGUCUUCCAUUUUACCAGAAUUUGAUAAUCUGAUUGAGUCUACUGGAAAUAAAGAAUUAUCUUGGACUGAAAGAAACAAAUCUGCCAGGCAGAAACGAAUGUCUUAUGCUGGAUUUGGAAAUACUCCUUGCCAGCAACCAAUACGAAGAAAAUCCAUGGUGGAGAUUAUGCCUGAGAGGGUGAUCAAAAACAUGAAAUUUGGAUUUACUGUUGACUUGGCUGAACCUAAUGUCAUCACUGAAAAGAAAAAGAAGACUGUCAUUGAUGCUUUCAAGAAUUUAGAAAAUAAUAGCACAGAAUCCAAUCCAUUUGAUAUAGCAAGCAAAGUACUGGAUUGGGAAAAGGAUUAUAUUGAGUAUAUAGAACCCGAAAAUGCAGAUUCUUUUGAACAAGCACUAGAAGUGACAAAUAGCAACGAGGCAGUAAUGGCCUUUUUCUAUAAAGAUGACAAGAAUGUUAAAGUUACAGAAAUAUUUAAUAUAUCUGAGGAUAAUAAUACCAUUAGUAUGACAGAUGAUGAAAAAGAAUUAAAUAGUAAUCUGCAGUGGGACUCAGACUAUGACAUGUGUUCCUCUUCUCCUUCAGAAUUUGAAGUAAUGGACUACUCUCAGUCAGUUUCAUUAGAAGACAAUAUUAUAGAUUCUUCCACCCAGAAAUCUUCACCCUUCAAUUUGGAAACUGUGGAUUCUUAUAGUCGUGAAGUUCACGCAGAGCAGUUACGCCGUACUCGUAAGAAGUCAGUACUUAGAAAAUCUUCCUUUAUCUAUGCUGACAAGUAAAAUUAGAUGAUAACAUUGCAAUGUACAUACAGUAUAUAUGAUUUGGAGUCUUGCUAUCAUAUACAUAUCAAGUGCAAUUUUUAAAAGACAAAAAUAUUUUACAUGUUUUUAAUGUACUUAUAUAAUUUAAUUUCAUAUUUUAAUAUAAAAUCUUGUGUACAUGUGCAUGAAAUCUGUGCAGCUAAACUUUCAACAGUAAGAUUUUAUGCAAUAAAUGUUAUGUUUAA